CACUACGGCAAGCAGCAGGUGUCUGGCUUGACGGCUCCGUCUUCAGUUCCCCCGUCGAUAAACCUCGCCGAUUUGGAUCGGUCUGCGCAGCGCCGGAUGAUCUCGAACAUACCUAAUGUCUGCGCCAAAGAAGCGUUGUUCCGUUUUAGGGUGUACUAUUGAACACGAACGUCUCCAUAAAACCCCACCAUCUGAACCAGUGAGAACAGCGUGGUUAAAUUUCAUUUUUGAUGGAGAUAUUCCGACGAGAAACAGUAAAAGAUUUCACGUUUGCGCCAAACAUUUUACGUCGGACUGCUUUGUCAAUGAGGGUCAAUACAAGGCUGGAUUUACAUCGAGGUUGCUGCUCAAACAGGGAGCAAUACCAACGCUUCGCGAUGAAAAACAGACACCUGUAGUUGUUUAUCUGGAUUCCUCAGAUGAUCCAAACAAAACUACUGAGAACAAUGUAGUGAAAGUAGAAAGCUGUAGUGACGAAUACCUCCAUUUCUGUGACCAAGACACAACAGCAGAAGGGAGGUUUAUUGAUGGUCUUGACCCCUUUCUAGAUCGGCCUUCAACUGAGGCUGAUUCACCAGAUGCCAACUUACAUCAGAACAAACGACCCCGUUUGUCUUUCCUUAAUGAAGCUAACAGGGAAAAUGAAGAAGGUGGCGAGUCCUCAAACGAAAGGUGGCAUAAUGCAGAUGAGGCAGAUGAUGAACCACCUCAUCCGGACUUCACACCUGUCCAAGCACCUGGACCGAAGUUUGUGUCUAAAACAUGCAACAAUCCACUGAAGUUUCUUCGGCUCUUCUUUGUAAGAAAAGUGUUGCAUGAAAUUGUCAGUAACACAAAUGCAUACAGAAAAAAAUGCCAGAGGGUAGGGGCACAAUGGGACAAGAUUGGUAUGAAAGAGCUUAAGUCAUUCAUAGCACUAAUAAUUUUUAUGGGACUUUUUAAAUGCUCAUCGCUGCAGGAUUAUUGGCGAGAGUCGGCGUUCUUUGGUCUGUGCUUUCCUGGACGAAUCAUGUCUUUCCAGAGAUUUCUGUCAAUCUCCAACACUUUGCAUCUGAGCAGUUCCAGUGAAGACGAGAAGAACAAGAAGAGGAAAGGAAAAUCCGCCUAUGAACACCUGGGUAAAAUUCAGCCGAUGUAUCAAGUUAUCAGAGAGGCGUGCAAGACAUAUUUUCAUCCAUUUCAGAACCUCACAGUUAAUGAAAGAAUGGUGCCGUCACAGAAUAGGACGGGACUCAGCAAAUGCACAAAAAAUAAAUCUACAAGAAAUGCAUAUAAACUGUUUGCACUGUCAGACUGCAGUACUGGCUAUACCUGGGACUUCUUCGUUUAUGAGGGAAAGUCGUGUGCAUCACAGAGCCAGGGUCUGAGCUAUGAGGCUGUUAUGGCAUUGGUGGAUGAAAAUUUUCUGGGUACUGGGUAUAAACUUUUUGUCGACAAAUUUUACUCCAGUGCCACACUGUUCAGGGACCUUCUGCACAAAGAUGUCUGGGCCUGUGGUCCUGUUUGGGCAAACAGAAAAGGAUUUCCAAGAACUAGAGUCAACAGUUUGCCAAGAAACGCUACUGAUGGAACAAUGCGUUGGAUUAGAGACAAUGAGCUGCUGUUUGUUCAGUGGAAAGAUUCGCAGGAACUGCAGAUGUGCUCCACCUUCCAUAAAGCUAAUGGAGGAGACACUGUGCAGAGAAGGGUGAAGAGAGAUGAUGGAUCUCAUGCAUUUGUGGAUAUCCCCGUUCCUGCUUCAGUGCUGGAAUACGACAGAAAUAUGGAGGCUGUGGAUGCAUCUACCUCCAUUUCUGAAAAUUUCAGACUUCUACACAAACCAAGAAAAUGGUAUCAGUCUGUUUUUUAUCACUUUUUGGACAUUGCUGUAGAGAAUGCAUUCAUUCUGCAGGAAAUGACUGCCAAGGCAAAAAAACAAAGAGUUAUGACCCGCCGGGCAUUCCUAGAGAUACUCAUUUUACAGCUUAUUGCAGGGGCCCAAGUUCCCUCGGCAAGGACAAGAACUCCUCCGUCUUCACCUGCCCCAUCUCCUGCUUUAUCCUCAUCUCCCUCCUCUCCUGCCCCUGCUUCUACUUCAUUCCACAAGCCAAAGCACAUCACACAGGACAGCACUGCUGCUGGGCGGGAGUGCGAGCUGUGCCACCUGGAAACUACAGUCAUGUGUGUGACUUGUGAUGUGAUGUUGUGCUUUCAGCCACAGCGUGACUGUUUCAAUGAGUGGCAUGAAGAACAAGGUUUAUAAAUGAUGGCUGCAAUAAAUGUUAGUGGUUAUGGAUAAUGUUAAUAUUUUUUUACUGCAACCUAAAUGCUCAGUAACAAAUGUUAUGAUGGGAUCCUUCAUGCUGUGGUACAGCUGAUCUCAUCUGUGCACUGUAUAAUGGUAAAAUGGGACUAAGCAUCAAUUCUGUUUUAAAAGGGACCAGGGUUUAGUUGUUUGAGAUUUGAAAAUGCCUGCCUGUAUAUAAACAAACAUUUCUAAAUGAGA